AUGCAGGACGAGCUGCUGGAGGCGUUUCGUAACCCGUACCUCCUCAUCUCUUUUGUCAGCGUGCUCUCAUUUUGUGUCACCGGAAGUGCUCAAGUCACAGAUGCUGUUCAAGUCGAGUUCAAGGCUUACCGCCUUCAACAACUCGAAAUGGGUGGAACUUUCGCGGGAAGUCGUAACGCUCGAAUGUCAUUCGAUGCUGUGACACUUGAUGGAAAUACCCUCAGAAAAUGCAUCGUUGUCGACUGGUUGACGUUAGUUGGCCGAGAUCUUGAUGGGAUUUUGUCUUCAUCGGCCGGUGCUCUACUUAUCGUUAUCCCCUUCGAUAUAAAGACGCUAAAUUCAGAGCAAAGAAAGUCCUUUGCUGAUUUGGAAAGAGCUCUGCUGGCAGUUCGAACUGAUCUCCCGGUUUUUGUCGUCCAAUCAAAUGCUGAAACGGCCGCACUACUGGAAGAUGCAGCUUCAACAUCAGCAUCGUCAACUGCAUCAGUUAUCUCAUCGUUAGCCUCGCCAACAACACUGCUUUCAACCACGUCCAGCCCAUCAGCUACUGCUCUCAACUAUCAGCCGAACAAUGUUGUGGCCCGCUUGAGCUCCGGUGAUCGAACAGCUCCAACUAUUGCUUUCGUUGCUCACUAUGAUACACAUUCCGCGUUUCCGGGAUUGAGCCCUGGAAGUGACUCGAAUGGUAGCGGAGUUGUGGCGCUACUUGAAUUAUUGGCAAUUUUGAAGAAAUUCUAUGAUAAACCCAGCACACGACCUCCCUAUAAUCUUGACUUUCUUUGGUCAGCGGCUGGCAAAUUGAACUUUCAAGGAGCUCGUCAAUUUGCUGAACAAUGGCAGGAUAAGAAUCCAGAAAGCAAACUCGAGCUAGCGAUUUGUGUUGAGGGAAUUGGAGGAAAAGGAUCACUCUAUUAUCAUGUCGCCAAAAUACCAAAUGAAGGCUCAGCUGCUGAACGAUUCCUUCAACGAUUAAGAGCGACUCAAAAUAUUGAGAUUGUAGCGAAGAAGAUCAGCGUCAAUCAACUUCUUUCAUGGGAACACGAACGAUUCAACAUCAAACGACUAGCGGCUGUGACUGUUUCUCGUUAUCCAUCGCAUGAAGAACACAUUCGUCACUCAUUAUUGGAUACUCCAGAACAAAUCGACAAAGAACAACUCAACAAUGCGAUUCGAUCAUUGGCUGAAGCCGUUCUUGGCUAUUUGCUUAAUUUAAAGGGAGGAGUUGCUUCUGACAAUCGAGUAGAAGCUGACUACACAAUGCUUAGCAAACAAGCGGUGAACUCGGAACGGAUCGACUUCUUUAUGUCACAAUUAACAAAUGGAGGACGAUCUGCGGCUGAUCAAGAGAAUACAAAAGCGGUUGCUUCGAAUAUCGCAGCUGCAGCUGGAGCCUAUGCGAAAGUGACUCAACAAGGUGUUCUUCUGUCGGAGAUUUCAAUCUGGGCAGGCAUAAGCGAUUCAAUUGUCGCUGAAAGAGUUCGCCCAGCUGCUUUUGAGCUCUUUGUUGCUGCUGGUGUUAUUUCAUAUUUGGCAGUGUUCUAUCAGCUUUCUAAUGUGGCUCUAUCAGUGCUCGAGGGUUCAGAAAUGUUGGGACAAACAUCGCUAGCACUCUGUCGAGGUUCAAACCGCCAUUUACAGGUUUUGCGAACGUUGAAGCAAACGGCCAAACGAUGUGACGACCUCAAGACACCGAUUCAACAAUGGGGCUGGGAGUAUCUUCUACGACAACGGGCCCUUAAACGACCACUCUCACCAAAUCUCGGCAUCUACAAAAUUCAGUUGACAAUGGGAAUGUCCGGAAUGCACCGUGUGACUGGUUGUGUGAUGGCUGGUGCGAUGCUAUUUGGAUCGGUUGGAUUCGCCGUCGCUCCCUUCAAUUUCACUCAAUUCAUCGACUACAUCAGAGGCUGGAAUUUACCCGCAUUUGUCACUGGAACAUUUAAGUGGAUCAUUGCUUUCCCGAUCGUUUACCACUCGCUUAACGGCAUUCGACACAUGAGCUUCGAUAUGGCCAGGGGUAUCGAUUUGCCUUCAAUCUAUAAGAGUGGCUACUUGGUGAUGGCUCUUUCCGUUCUCAUCACAACCCUCAUUGUCGCCAAAGCAUUGCAGCUUGGACGGGACGAGUCGGCAGUUUGGGGAAUGGCAACAGAAGAAGAGCCAUCCCGCCGGCUGGUUGAGUACGAUUACGAAGAGCCGCGAUUGCACAUUAAAGGCUUUGUUGUCGACUAUUUUGCCUGGCGAAUCUCUCAAGCUGGUCAUGAAUGGUACGAGCAACCGGAACUCCCAUUCGGUGUACAACCCGAACAUCAAAUGAUGCGACAAGUGGCCACUCUUUUCGAAAGAAGACAAGCGAAAGAUUUCGAGGAGCUUUUCAAGGAUUUACUAAAAGAUGGAGAAGAUUUGGCGUUUCCACGAUAUUGUCAGGUGAUCGAUACUUUGACGAGAGCCGACCCUGAUGAUAAAGCGAUGUCGUACGGAAGAGUGAUAGGAUUGAUCUCUUUUGGGGGCGCUUUGGCGACUCGUUUUGCCGAGAUGAACAAGAGGAAUGAGAUUUUCAAGAUGGCUAACUAUACCUCAAAAUAUAUCGAUUUGCGGAUUCGACUCACUUGGGCAAAAGAUGGGAGAAGUUGGUCCGAUUUCAUGCGCACCAGUUUGGAGGCUUUGGAGAGAGGAGAAAAGGGAGAAAUGAGUUUCGUGAUGACAACAAGAUUGGGUCUCAUGUUGACAGCGGGUGCAAUCGCCGUUCUCGGCCUUCUCUUCUCAUCGAAAUUUAUCUUCGCGAAACAU